GUGGACUUUUGCUUUGCUCAUUAUUUGCUGCUUCUGCUGCAGUGUUUUCUUCUGGACAGUCCAGGGAGGAUAGUUGAUUACAGAUAAAUAUCGGGCCUUUUAGGCCUCAGAGAGGGCCCGACAGGCAGCACCAUGGCAAUCGGUGCGUUUCCAGCGUUCAAGCUUGGUGCCUUGCUGCUGAAGCAACUAAGCAAACCCCUUGCAAAUUUUGUGAAAGCACGAGCGAAGAACUCUUAUUUUUUCCGAACGUACAUUUGCAUGCCCCCUGCACAGAUCUACAACUGGUGCGAGGUAAAAGCUAAAAUGUGGAGCAUGAACCUCGGGUCAUCAGGGGCAUCUGUGCCAAGAUUGAACGAGACCAUGGCAAUCGAGUUGGGUGCCAACCUUUUGGGUGAAUCUAUCAUUUUUGUCACUGCAGCUGGCAUCCUCAUUUUCGAGUACGCACGCAGCAGCCGCAAAGACCAAGAGAAACAGCAACGACUGCAAGACCAUCUCUCUCAAAUGCACGCUGAGAUUACUGACCUCUACUUUCUCACUGAACAACAGAAAGCACAAAUUUCCGAGUUGCACCGAGCACUUGCGGCGGCCCAGUGUGGCCCAAUUAGGCGGGCUUUGAUGCCCUUCCAAUCUCACCACGAACAACAAGAGCAAGAGCAGCCCCAGCCAAACCCAUCUGGUCGCUUAGUGACUGCAGUUUCGCAGAUUCAAUUGAAGCUUGGACCAAAUCGGUGAUUUGACAGUCCAUUACCAUGGUGUUUGAAACAUCGAUAAUUAUCUCUAUGUACAGUACCUCAAACCGCAGUUUCUUAAUUGUUGUAGCUCAAUAAAAAAAUACAAACGUAAAUUCCAGUUAACUAAGUGUAUUUGUGUUUCAAAUUGAAAAAUACAUACACUGUUCCAAUUGAAA